AUGGCGAUUCCAGCACCCAAGACAGUUGUGUCGCUUUCCUCUGUAGAAGCACCGCAAAAGAAGGAGACCUUUGGCAAUCUGGGCCCCUGGGCGGAACCUUCGUGGUACAGCUCCCUCGCGUCACCAUACUACAAUGAAUCCCACAAGAAGUUGCGCAAUGCGCUAAGGUCGUACAUUGACGAGAACAUCAAACCGUAUAUGCUGGAGUGGGAAGCGAACGGUGAAGCACCAGUCGAAGAACGCAUGAAAUGGGCCAAAACAGGCUUCCCAUUUGGCGAUGUUCCAGAGCCAUAUAGGCCAAAAGACGUACCAGGCCCCGCCGGCAUACCGGUUGGAGAAAUGGACAUCUUCCAUCUCCUCAUUUCUACCGACGAAGGAAGCCGGAUUGAGGGCGGUGUCGGUACAGCUCUGGCUGGCGCAAGUGUGAUUGGCGCACCGCCAAUCAUACACCACGGUACCGAGGAGCAAAAGAAGAAGUGGCUGCCAGGCCUCUUUGAUUGGGAGACCAGCUUCUGUUUGGGCAUCACUGAGCCGAGUGGCGGCUCAGACGUAGCCAAUAUUCUCACCACCGCCAAUAAAUCCCCGGACGGCAAGUCUUAUAUCAUCAAUGGUUACAAGAAAUGGAUCACGGGCAUGCCUUGGGCAACACACAUGACCACCGCCGUUCGCACCGGCUCGCCCGACUCUGGCGCCCGAGGUCUUUCCGUCAUCGUGAUCCCAACGAAUUCCUCAGGCCUGACAUGGCGUCGCAUCGAGAACAGUGGGCAAAAAGCCGGCGGCGCAUCAUUCGUCGAACUCGACAACGUUUCGGUUCCUGUCGAGAAUCUACUAGGCAAGGAGAACGAGGGAUUCAAGAUUAUCAUGACGAACUUCAACAAGGAGCGCUUCAUCAUGUCCAUUGGUUGCAACCGUAAAGCCCGUACCUGUCUCAGUGAAAGCUUCGACUACGCAUCCAAACGCCACACCUUCGGCAAGCCUAUCCUCUCCAACCAAAUCAUAGCUCACAAACUCGCCACUAUUGGCAGAUACGUCGAGUCUCACUGGGCAUGGCUCGAGCAGCUUGCAUACCACAUUCAGCAAUCUCCUGCUGGAUGGCAGGAUCCUGAAAUAGCUGGGCAGAUCGCGCUUGCCAAAGUCCAUGGGGGCCGCAUUACAGAGAUGGCGAACCGCGAAGCUCAGCAGAUUUUUGGAGGCGCUGGAUAUCAGAAGGGUGGGCCUGGAGCCAUUGUGGAGCAAAUGAGUAGGGACCUCAGAAUGAUGGUCGUGGGAGGCGGGAGUGAAGAGAUCAUUGCGGACUUGGCAGUCAGGCAAGAGAUGGGUAUGGCACGGAGGAGGGGCUGGAAGCUGUAAGCAAAAGAGAGUGAUGAAGAUGGUCUGAUGUGGUGGCUCGGUACGUAAUAGAUGUUACGCUUGUCACCUGCUCAUCUCACUUCAUGUGAACAGCAACACGGACGGCUUGUUCCGUCUUAGCUGUGCUUGGCAUACGGAGUAAGAUUCAAUUUGAUCGACCUUGCAUGAUGAUCCCCGCCGCCAGCCAGCAUCAUGCCUACAACGGCGCUUUUGCAAA